CCAAUCGCGCGUCUCUCCUCCGGUGGAGCUCCGCCCCCGGGGCGAGGUCAGCGUGCCGCGGGCGCUAAGCUGGUUGUGUGUACGCUGUUUCUGUGCUGUGAGCAUGGCUGAGGAAGAAGGAAAUCAGGAGGUCACUUCCAAGAUGAAAAACUCGUCAGAUUCAUUGUCAACUUCACCUGGCGCUCCUCAGACCAGUGAGAAUCCACCAUCAUCCCAGACUUCACCUGACACUCCUCAGACCAGUGAGACUCCACCAUCACCCCAUUCGAAUAGUUCAGGAAAACAACUUCUGAGUGGAACACCUAAAGAAAGACUAAAGAAAGCAAGAUCUUCCUCUCUUUCUUUUUGUAGUGUGGUAAAACGUAUUAAGAUAGAGAAUGAAGAAAAUGAUAAGACCCUUUCAGAACCAGGAGACUCUUCAAAAGAAAAUUGUUCAAAGGUUCAAGAAAGCUUGAAAAACAAAGACGUUGAGCCUGAAAAAGACAUUGAACCUGAGAAAGACAUUGAGGUUGAAAAAGACAUUGAGGUUGAAAAAGACAUUGAAGUUGAAAAAGACAUUGAUGUUGAAAAAGACAUUGAGGUUGAAAAAGACAUUGAGGUUGAAAAAGACAUAGACAUUGAGGUUGAAAAAGACAUUGAGGUUGAAAAAGACAUUGAGGUUGAAAAAGACAUCGAGGUUGAAAAAGACAUCGAGCCUGAAAAAGACAUCGAACCUGAAAAAAACAUCAAGCUUGAAAAAGACAUUGAGCCUGAAAAAGACAAUGAGUCUGAAAAAGACAAUGAGCCUGAAAAAGAGAGCUCAGAGAAUAAAAAUACAUGUGAAUCUAAGUCAUCUGAUACUGGAUCACCUAGUGCCCCCCAAAAAGAUUCUGAGACUAAGACGGCCAGACAAAUUUUAAAGGAAGAAAAAACAAAAUUGAUUAGGCAGGUUCAAGAGAAGGAAGACCUUCUUCGGAGGUUAAAGUUAGUCAAGAUGUAUAGAAUAAAGAAUGACGUGAAGGAGUUAGAGGAUUUAAUAAAGAAGUGGAGGAAAUGUGGCCAGCGGCUGCUGUGUGAGCUGCAGUCGAUCAUGUCCGAGGAUGAGGACGAGAAACUGACCCUCACCGAGUUGAUUGACUACUAUGGGAUAGAUGAGAAAGUGUUGCACUAUAAUAGACAAGAAGAAGAAUUUACAGGGGUUUGAUACUUUUUUUCCAGGCUUUCCUCCCCUCCCCUUCUCUUCUUGGGGUGAUGGGAUUAUACCCAGAGCCUCAAAAAAUGUGCUCUGUUCCUGAGCUGUACACUUGGCCCCUUUACAGAAUCUCUUUGAGAAUGGCAUUGAAAAGAAAAAAGUUUUAAAGGGAAAAAAAAAUCUAAACUGUUAUGGCUUAGUGGGAGAAAUGUUGAACAGUUCGGAAUAUUCUGACACAAAAUUAUAAGACAAAGCUUAGUAUUUUGGAUAUGUUCGCUUAAGAAAAUAUUUAAGUAUAAAAAGUUAAAAUUGUGUUAAAAAGGAUGUUUGGAUAGUUCUAGAAACCAGGCUUAAUACAUUGAUUUUUGGGGGCAAAAGGUUUUAUAUUCAGUAUUAAAAAGUAAUCUGUUGGACAUCUAAACCUCAGGGGGCAGACAUGUAACCUGCCCUCCUGAGUUUAUGGCCCUGUCCUCAUCUGUUCAACAUGUCUGCCUGCUAAUCUAGCAACUAAUUAAACUUACUUGUCUACAAUUGUC